AUGGGUACUUUAGGAACUGUAGUUGCGUUUACCAUAUUGUGUUUUACAUAUUUAUCAUAUGCAGCUUUUGUGUUUGAGAAUAAAUUGAAGGUGUUGCAUGCUAGAUUGUCGUUAUGUGUAUCGCAAGAAAGCGUGGCUACCUGUUCAACAACUACUUCUACUAAUCGACUCAAAGAAAAUCUUCUUGGCGCUGCUACACAUCGAGUGUUGCCGAUAGAUGCAUUGAGACUUUCUGCACCUACUUACUGUCCUGAAUGUGGUGCAAAGAAAUUUAUGUUCGAGUCCCUCCACUUUUGCUGUGGCAAUGGAGACAUUGAAAUAGCAGCAAAUGAGUAUCCUCCCGAGCUCAUCUACUUGUUUACUUCAAAGGAUGAAAUUGAUGUUCAUUUUCGGAAGUAUGCUAGAUUGUAUAAUAACUUGUUUGCGUACAGUUCUCUUGGUGGCCAUUUUGAUUCAAAGAGCAAAAAAGGAAUUUAUGUAUUCAAAAUGCAUGGUCAGAUAUACCAUUUUGUCCCAGAUUUAUUGCCCGAAAAGAAGCAUCCUAAAUACCUGCAGCUAUACUUUUAUGAUGGACAACAUGAGGUUGAAAAUAGGUUGGGUUCUUUUCCAGAAGUAAGAGAAGAUGUGAUCCGGAUUCUAAUGCAUGUGUCCCAGCAAAAUCCAUAUGCUGUGUUUUUCCGGUCUCUAAGAGAACGAGUUGUUACUGAGGACACAAAAAUUAUUUUGAAUCAGAGUCCUGUACUUGAUCAACGUGUCUACAAUGCUCCUUCUGUUGAUGAUGUAGCUGUUAUCUGGCCAGAAGAUGCUUCAUCAAGCCAAAGUUCAAGUCCUCAUAUUAUGGUAACUGGGAAAUCCAAUCAAACUCAUCGAAUCUAUCAUAACUAUGGCUGCUAUGAUCCGCUUCAAUAUCCAUUAUUGUUUCCUCAAGGAGAAUGUGGCUGGACUCAGGGUCUUAAAAAAAAAUCUCAUCCAAGUAGACGAGGAGUGGAUUUACUUCCAGAUCCUGUUAUGUCUUGUGUUGUUCAUGAUGCUGAAGAUUUGCUGAAUCAAGAAGAAAGACGUGCAAAGAGAAAGAAUACUAGAGCAGAUAAGUUUAUUUCUCCUAGGGAAUAUUAUUCCUACAAGCUGCAAAUUCGACCUAAGAACAUGCUAUUGCGAGCAGGGAGAUGUUUCCAACAGUAUAUAGUAGAAAUGUAUGUGAAGAUUGAGAAUACGAGACUAGACUAUUUUCGAAACAAUCAGGAAACAAUUAGAGCUGACCUAUAUAAAGGUAUUUUGGAUUCAUUGGAUAACGGAGAAACUAUUGCUUCUAAUGUUGGUCGAAGGGUGAUAUUACCGCCGACUUAUAUUGGGGGUCCUCGGGAUAUGAAGAAGAGGUAUUUAAAUGUCAUGGCAUUAGUGCAGAGAUUUGGCAAGCCAGAUUUGUUUGUUACGGUUACAUGUAAUGCUAACUGGCCUGAAAUAAAGGAUGAGCUAGCUGCUGGUGAAAAGGCACAGAACAGACCUGAUUUGGUUUCUAGAAUUUUUAGAGCAAAAUUGAUUGCACUAAAAAAAGAGAUCAUGGAAAGGAAGGUGUUUGGUGAGGUUGUUGCAAUGGUGUAUGUGGUUGAAUUUCAGAAAAGAGGUUUGCCACAUGCUCAUUUUUUAAUUAUUCUAAAACCUGAAUAUAAGAUGAAAUGUCCUGCAGAUUAUGAUAGGUUUGUUUGUGCUGAAAUACCUUCUGAGACUAAUGCCGAUCUUAGGCGAGUUGUCUUGGCACAUAUGAUGCAUGGCCCUUGUGGCGAACUGAACCCAGAAUGUCCAUGUAUGCGGACACGUGGUCUUAAAUUAAGUUGCAAGAAUAGGUAUCCAAAACAGUUUUGUAAUGAAAUUACUAAUAGUAAAGAUGGCUAUCCAAUUUAUCGUAGGAGAGAAACUGGAGAAAAAGUAGUUAUAAGAAAUGCAGAGCUUGAUAAUCAGUGGGUCAUUCCAUAUAACCCUUAUCUUUCUUUACUAUUUGAUUGUCAUAUAAAUGUUGAGGUGUGUUCUACAAUUAAAGCAGUAAAGUACCUAUAUAAGUAUGUAUAUAAGGGUCAUGAUAGAAUUUCUUAUAAUGUAGUGUCGUGCAAUAAUGAAGUUGUGGAUGAGAUUAAGUAG